AUGGCCCCACCCUCGGCUCCAUGCCUGAUUACGGGCAUUGAUUACGAUGCCACUUUUGUCAAGAAGCUUGAUGAAAACGCCCAAGGUCUAAUUGGCUGCUUGGGCCUCGAAAACACCAGUGUGUUGUGGGAUUGGUACUUGAAGGAAGGAGACACACAUGAUCUGAUUGAAGAAUACAUCAGCUACCGAAGCGCACGAUUUGGCGACACAGAAAAGAUAAUUAAAGAUGAGGAUCUCAAGGUUAAGGAGUCAGAUAUUGCUCAUGUGAGCGAAGAUCAUCACCUCAGGCGCAUAUAUAUGGGCGCAGAUUGUCCGACACUAUCAACCCCGAGAGUCGCCCCAAAAUUGCUAGCCACUCUGGCAACUUUGUGGCACGCGUGCGAACUCAUCAGACUCCGUCCUGAUAUCUUCCAGUCAUCUAGAAUCUCCAUCGAGCCUCAUACAUUAGACCCAUACGAUCUACUCCACGCCUGGAAGGCCCUCGCUUAUUUUCACCGGAUGGUGAGCCGGAAGCGUGUCCCCAAGAGGCCU